AUGAGGGCAGAGAUGCUACAGAUACCGUGGAAACUAACAUGUUCCCUCACUUUCUCUCUCUCUUUCUCCUCCAACACAGAACUGCCUCCCGAUGAGCACCUUCCCGGAGAGGGGCCCCAGCACUCUGAGCUGAGCGGUCUGUUCGUAGAGAAGCCUCAGAGCACAACGGCAACCAAAGGGAAGAACAUUACCUUCGUGGCUAAAGUGGACUCCUCAGACCUGCUGAGGAAGCCCGCCAUGAAGUGGCUGAAGGGGAAGUGGUUGGACCUGGGCAGCAAAGCUGGCAAACACCUGCAGUUCAAAGAGACUUAUGAUAGAAACACCAAGGUGUACACCUAUGAGAUGACCAUCGUCAAGCUGGUGGAUGGAGAUGCGGGAGGGUACCGCUGUGAAGUCACCUCCAAAGACAAGUGUGACAGCUGCACGUUCGACGUGACCGUUGAAGCCGUACAGGAGGAGCAGCAGGCUAACAUCCUGGAGGCGUUUAAGCGAUCAAUGCAGACCAAAAAACAAGGAGGCAAAAAGGGGGCCAAUAAAGGAGGAGACGCCGGGGAGGAUGCCGGGGACCUGGACUUCAGCGCUCUGCUCAAGAAAAGGGAGAAGAAGCAGAAGGAUGAACCCAAAGUGGAAGCGGAUGUGUGGGAGAUCCUGAAGGAUGCCAAGCCGUGCGACUACGAGAAGAUAGCUUUUGAGUACGGCAUCACCGACCUCAGGGGCCUGCUCAAGAGGCUCAAGAAGAUGAAGAAGGUGGAACCCAAGAAGAGUGAUGCCUUCCUGAGGAAACUGGAGGACAUGUACUCUGUGGACAAGGGUAAGAGGAUCCAACUGUCUGUGGAGCUGACCGACCCCAACGUUCAGGUCAAAUGGCUGAAGAACGGACAGGAGAUCAAGCCCUCCGCCAAGUACGUGUUUGAGAGCAUCGGCAACAAACGGACUCUUACCAUCAACAAGUGUAACCUGUCUGACGACGCGGCGUAUGAGUGUGUGGUGGGAGAGGAGAAAAGCUUCUGUGAGGUCUUCGUCAAAGAGCCCCCGGUCACCAUCACCAAGCUCCUGGAUGAUGUCCACACGGUGGUGGGGGAGAAGGUGGAGUUUGAGGUGGAGGUCUCAGAAGAAGGGGCCAACGUCAAGUGGAUGAAGGAUGGGGUUGAGCUGACCAGGGAUAGUUCCAAGUACAGGUUUAAGAAGGAUGGGAAGAAGCACGUCCUGGUGAUCAAUGAGGCCACCAAGGAAGACAUUGGGAUGUACUAUGCGUGUACUAACGGGGGGGAGUCCAAGGCAGAGCUGGAGGUGGAAGAUAAGGAGCUGGAGGUCCUUCAGAGCAUCGCUGACCUGACAGUGAAGGCCGCAGAGCAGGCCGUGUUCAAGUGCGAGGUGUCGGACGAGAAGGUGAUCGGGAAGUGGUUCAAGGACGGCGUGGAGGUCAUCGCCGGCGGCCGCAUCAAGAUGAGCCACAUCGGGAGGACACACAAGCUGACUAUUGAUGAUGUGAAGCCGCAGGAUGCCGGGGACUACACUUUCGUUCCGGAAGGAUACGCUCUGUCACUGUCCGCCAAACUCAACUUCCUGGAAAUCAAGAUCGACUACGUCCCUCGCCAAGACCCUCCCAAGAUCCACCUGGACACGAGUGGCUGCGGGAGCAAGAACACCAUCAUCGUCGUGGCGGGAAACAAGCUGCGCCUGGACGUGGAGAUUACAGGAGACCCCGCCCCCACCGUAUGCUGGAAGAAAGGAGACACGGUGAUCGAGGAAAGUGAGGGAAGGGUGCGAGUCGAGAUGAGGAAGACUCUGUGCAGCUUUGUCAUUGAGGGGGCGGAGAGGGGCGACGAGGGAAAGUACUCUAUCACAGUGACUAACCCUGCAGGAGAAGACAAGGCUGAACUCAACAUCAAGAUUGUUGAUGUUCCUGACCCUCCAGAGAACGUGCACUGUCUCUCUGUCGGGGAGGACUAUGCCUCUGUGGCCUGGGACCCGCCCGCUUUCGACGGCGGCGCCCCCCUCAAAGGCUACCUGAUGGAGAGGAAGAAGAAGGGAUCGUCCAGGUGGACCAAGCUGAACUUUGAGGUGUUUGAGUCGACCACGUACGAGGCUAAGAAGAUGAUCGAGGGCGUGCUGUACGAGAUGAGGGUGUUCGCUGUCAACGGCAUCGGGAUUUCCCAGCCCAGCGAGAACUCCAAGCCCUUCAUGCCCAUCGCCCCCACCAGCGAGCCCACCCGCCUGCUGGUGGAUGAUGUCACUGACUCCACCUGUGCUCUGAAGUGGCGCCCCCCAGAGAGGAUCGGGGCCGGGGGCAUGGACGGCUACAUCAUCGAGUACUGCAAGGAAGGAGAGGACGUGUGGGUGCAGGCCAAUCAGGAGCCGGUGGAGAAGACUCAGUACCGUGUGAAGGGGCUGCCUGUUGGGGAGAAGAUGCUGUUCAGAGUGGUGGCUCUCAACAUCGCUGGACGCAGCCCUCCUGCCACUCUGGCCCAGGCUGUCAACAUCCGGGAAAUCAUGGAGCAACCCAAGAUCCGCCUCCCUCGUCAGCUGAGGACCAGGUUCAUCAGGAGGGUGGGCGAGAAUGUUAACCUGGUCAUCCCUUUCCAGGGCAAGCCUCGCCCGGUGGUGAGCUGGUUCAGGGACGACGUCCUGCUGGAGGACAAGUCUGUGGGCGUCCGCACCACCGAGGUGGACACCAUCCUCUUCAUCCGCUCCUCAGAGAGACAUCAUUCUGGGAAGUACACCCUCCACGUCCAGAUCGACAACAUGGCGGACAAGGCCGACAUCCACAUCCAGAUCGUAGACAAGCCGGGCCCCCCCCUAGCGGUGGUGGUGACGGACGUGUGGGGCUUCAACGCCGCCCUGGAGUGGAAACCCCCCAAGGACGACGGCAACACAGAGAUCAUCGGCUACACCGUCCAGAAGGCCGACCUGAAGACCAAGGAGUGGUUCACGGUCUACGAGCACAACCGUCGUCCCAACUGCACCGUGUCCGACCUGGUGAUGGGAAACGAGUACACGUUCCGCGUGUUCAGCGAGAACAUCUGCGGCCUGAGCGAAGACGGGCUGAGCACCAACACGGCCGUCAUCAGCAAGACAGGCCUGGUGCAUAACCGCUCUCCCUUCAAGGAGAAGGACAUGACCAGAUCCCCCCAGUUCACAGCGCCCCUAGUGGACAGGUGUGUGGUUGCGGGCUACAGCGCGGCCAUCUCCUGUGCUGUGCGAGGAUACCCCAAGCCCAAGAUUGUCUGGAUGAAAAACAAGAUGAUCAUUGGAGAGGACCCCAAGUUCCUGAUGCAGAACAACCAGGGGGUUUUGACCCUGAACAUCCGCAAGCCUGGCCUGUAUGACGGGGGAAAGUACUCCUGCAAGGCCAUCAACGACCUGGGGGAAGCGGAGGUGGAGUGCAAGCUGGAAGUCCGAGCCUUCCAGGAGAAAGGAGAGGACAGGAAAUGAGCGAUGGCCGGAUGGACGAGGAGCAGCCGGAAUCAGGAUUAUGUAGGACAGACAUGAAGACUGUGAUCUCAGACUUUACGACUGAAUUAAGACUGCAACGAGACAAUGUAGUUGAAACGAGUCAUAGGAUAGUGUAUUCAUGUAGCAGUUACAUAUAGAUAUAUGUUAUGAUAGAUGUAUCGUGUGAUAGAUGUUUCUUAUCUACGAUGUGAACCUGUCAGUGAGGCACAUAUAAAACGCUCAACCACCAUG